CACAGGGACAGAGGAAGGUUGUGCAGAGUUGCAGAGAAGAAGAAAAGAACAGACAAGAGACCAGAAAAUAGUGUAUGACUGAAGGCAUGUCAGCGAAUAUACUUAGUACUGCUACAGUGCAGUGGAGAUACACAGAGAGGGAUAGGCAUGUGUGAGGAUAAACAAUGGUGAAAAGAUUAUUGCACACCUAUAACAUAUAUUACAAUCAACUCAAAAAAAUCAACAGGCUGAAUCAGAUUUCAGGCUAAAACAGCAUGGUGUGAUAAUGAUGCAGUGGGCAUCUGAGUGGGCGGAGCAACACUAUGAUGUCUCCUCUACCACAUCACCUCCGGUUCACCCUAAGCCCCUCACGUAUACCCAGCCUAGCCGUCCUGGGUUCUCAGGCUACAAUGAUGACAUCAGUGCCCUCAGUGCCUCUAGCUUGCUGAAGCGCUAUGCUGAGAGGUAUUCCUUUACCUCUGCCAUACCAGAGCAUGGGACUUUCCUGAGAAGUGAGCAGAACCAAGAGACAUGGCCUUUGGGAUACAGCGUGGAAGGACCCCCUGGUUUAGAUGCAUUUAAAGGGACUUUGGGGACUGGAAGUGAUCUUCCAGAACAGCAGUACAGUGGUGGUCCCACAUCUCAGGAUUUCACUAGUCAACAUCUGCUCCCCAAACCAUGCUAUCUUCCUUCUCCAGCAUUUGCAUUGCCAUCUGCAUACUUGCCCCCCACACCAGGCUAUGCUUAUCCUCAACAAUGCAAUCUGACUGCCAGUUACCCCCAUAGCACCCCUUCUCUGCUGCCCUCAGGCCUACACACACCGACUCCUCUGAAUCCCACUGCCAGCAGCCACAGUUCGGCUGAACUUCCACGCAACAGGAAGUUUGGCUUCGACCAACCCAAAACUGCCAGAGUGUCACCGUACACGAUCAGAGAAAAGGGCGAUCAGCAGACCAGCGAUGGUGGAAGCGUCAAUGAAAGCUGUGGGACAGACAUCCAAAGCUACAGGCCAGAAAGACUUUCCACUCAGUUCGAUCUUGACACAGAUUCGGUGGGUAAGACCAGUCAUCUACGGCAUGUAGAGACACAGUCUUAUGGAGCUCCAGGACAGUGCACAUAUCCCUAAAUUUAAUUGAUUAAGACAGCUUCCUAAAAAAACAAUAAAUUUGUACGUGUUUAUUGCAAUAUUUGAACAUAUCAACUAUUUCAAAUGAUAUGAAACAUGACGAUUAUUAUAACAGUAGACCAAAGUUCUAUGAUUUCAUGACACUGCUCUACUAGCUGUGGACUAAGCUAAGUACAUAUCUUUCUAAUGCACAUUGUAAUCAUUAUUCCUCUGAUGACUAAACUGACUGCAGCUUUAAAGGUGAAGUGUGUAAUUUCAGUGCCACUAGUGGCACCCAAGUGGAAUUGCACAAGUAAUUACUGUUUUCAGACAGAUUUCUCUCAAAUACUCCAAUAAACUCACUGUAGAAGCAGACCGUUCACAUGAGAACUUUUGGAAAAGAACAAUGCACGAAAUCAAGCUUACGUAGCUAGAUACAUCCACAUUCUGGUACUUGUGUCGAGUAUAAUUCAGUAUAAACAGAGCAAUGUUUUUAAAAGCGCCACAGUUUUGGGGGUGAAAACAACAUACAAAUGUCUUACAUAUAGCUGUAUCUGCACGAGAAACUGGGAUAGGAGAAAGUAUUUUAAUGUCGAAAAAAUUACACACAUCACCUUUAAUGAGGCCUGUAGCAUAUAUGCUAUUUGCCUGUAGCACAACAUUUCGUUGAUACUUAAACCACUGUUUCUUUUUUCUCUCUUCCUUUCCAUUUAAGCUCUCGCUCUCUAUAAUUAUGAUGUGCAGUGAAGCAUAUUAUGGUGACAAGCACUAAUCCACCACUUCAAUCAAUGAGAUUCAAACCAAAGACAGAAAGAGAGGAUUGAAUAUAAAAAAGGGAAAUAGAAAUAAGGUUUUAGAAUGAAUCUCAAGCUUAUUUGAUAUUUUCUUAAUUUCUCCUUAAAAUACACAAAAAUAGUCUACAUUUUAAACGAGAUCGCAGAUAUGAAAGUUUCACAUGACAUAUAUUGUUUUCAUACAUGUUGAUAGUUAACAUGUCAGUGGCAAUUUUAAUACAGCAGUGUAAUGGACAUGUAAACCAGUGGUCUGUAACACUGUGAUGUUUGAAAUACUCAUACUUAAGGAAUAUAAGGUAAGAUUCCUCUAUAUACUUUGAAUGUAAAUCAGAUUUUCCUCAGGAAUUGUGAAUCAAGCCAUACCUAUUUUUUAAGUUUGAUGGACGUUUUCAUCUUUUUAUUGUAUAAUAAAUAAUUAUUUACCAUUUUGUGAAAUGCAUAAAGUAACAACAUUAUUAUGACUUUAUAAUGUUAUACCUUAACUGUAUUUGUAAAUGUUGGCCAAUACAUACACUCCUUUUUGAAAUAUAAAAAUUGAAUGCAUGUUAUUACAGAAUGCACAUUAAUAUGUCUAGCAUCAACAUUUACUGUGGUAUGUGGGCUGCGAAAAGGCUAAAAGAAAUGAGCUGAGCAGUCUUUUCCACUAUUCCCCUAUUGUGAAUUUUACUAUGGAAACAUACAGAACUGUUCCAGCCCCCUAAGCUGAUCACUGGAUGUGUUUAUUUCUGACCCUCUGACCUCCAACCAUUCUUUUUUUUUUUUUUAAGGAGACCUGUGACAGAGAAGAGAGCUUUUGUUAUGGUGAGGAAAGCAAGGCAUACACUGAAAUGUGCAAACAAAACUGCAAAUAACAGUCCAGUUAAUGUUUAAAUCUGAAUCUUUUAAGUUUUAAGUUUGGGGACAAGAUGUUAAAAACCAGAUCUACCUCACAUUUUUGCCAUGCUGUAUAGAUUAUACAAUUGUUUAUUACGUCUGUUUAUUAUUUGUCUGAAUGUCUACCUCAAAAAAAAUGACAA